AUGGCGACGACGACGCACGCCUCCGCGAUGGCGGCGGCGACGCGCGCGCGCGCGCGCGGGACGACGCCGUCGACGUCCGCGCCGCCGACGUCGGCGUCUUCGCGCGCGCGUCCGCUCGCGGCGGCGCGGCGGCGACGCGACGGCGCGACCGCCGCGCCGACGCCGCACACGAUCGAUUAUUCGACACGUCGUCGGCGAGGAUAUACGUCGACGACGACGCUCCGCGCGACGACGACGACGACGACGACGACGGCGGCGUCCGCGUACGAGGCGUUCCCGGAGAAGUGGGACGUCCUCAGGCUCGCGGCGGAGCAGCGCAGAGGCGUCGGGCACUCCGAGGAGGAUCGCGCGGCGAUGGAAGCCGCGAUCGACGCGCUCGUCGCCGCCGCGGCGAAGCGAGAGAGCGAUCCACAUCCCGCGACGUCGCCGAAGCGACUCACCGCGCGAUGGCGCCUCGUGUGGACGUCCGAGAAGGAGACGCUGUUUCUCCUGGAGAAGUUCACCGCGGAGGCGUAUCAGGUCAUCGACGUGAUCGGAAGGAAGCUCGCGAACGAGGUCGUGUUCAAAGGGAACGGGAGCGUCUUCGUGGUGGACUCCGCGAUGAACAUCGCGAGCGAGAGCAAGUGCGCGUUCGAUUUCAUCGGCGCCAGGUACGAGUUCGAUAAUCCGUUCAAGUGGGUGUUGCGACUGCCGCCGGUGGGGAGAGGGUGGUUCGAGAACGUGUACGUGGACGAGACGAUGCGGUGCGCGCGGGAUAGCAGAGGGGACACGCUCGUCGUCGUGAGGGACGAAUGA